AUGGGUUUAAUGCGGUCCGUGCUUCCAAAUGCAAAGCAAAUCUUCAAAUCACAAUCUAUGAGGAACAAAAACGGACCACCAUCAUCAACAACAACUUCAGGGCUUGUUCCUAAAGGACAUGUUGCGGUUUAUGUCGGAGAAGAGAUGGAGAACAAUAAGAGAUUCGUGGUUCCCAUUUCGUAUUUGAACCAUCCUUUGUUUCAAGGUUUGCUUAAUCGAGCAGAGGAAGAGUUCGGUUUCAAUCAUCCCGUUGGUGGAUUGACGAUUCCUUGCAGAGAAGAAACAUUCGUAGGUCUUUUGAAUUCUUAUGGUUGUAUUGUUUCAACUUGAGCAUCUUUUUUUCGGGAA